CUCAGAAUCUGUAAGUGCCUGAAGGAAACAUUUGGGACACCCUACAGAGCCCUUGGAAGGUGUCUCAGUUCAUUAUUGUCCCUAGCAGAGGUUGGAUCCUCUGGGUAAAUAUAGCUCAUGGCUUCCUGUAGACCCUAGCAGACACCAGGCAGUAGCUUCCUCCCUUUCCCAUGUGAAUUUGGAUGGUAUGUGAAUGCCGAAUUGAUCCCCUCCUCUCUCCUAUUUGGGGGAACAGUUUGGGGAUGUUCAGUUUCUGAUUUUUAUUUGACCUCUAUCCAGAACUUGGUCUUCCCCUUUCCAUUGCUGUUUGAGGUUUCUGUCUCUAUCACAGCAGGUGAUGCAAUGGUGUGUGAGAAAGAGGAGCAGAAUUCUCAGCAGGAAAAUGUUGAGCAAGUGGAUAAACACAGAGCAUUAUUGCAAAGAUUGGAAAGGAAUGUGUCCAGGAGUCAUGAGCAGAGAAAAUCCUGUGAGAUUCUGGGAAGACCAGAAAGAGAACAGGGAAAGCAGCCAGGGGAGAAAGUGGGUAAAUGUAUUUCCUGUCAGGAAUCUCAGAAGGACCUCAAGGAAACCACAACACAGCAGGAAAUCCUCAUGGGAAAGAGAAAAAAUACAUGCACUGAGUGUGAAAAAAACUUAUGUGAUUACUCCAGCCUUAUAAAGCAUCAGAGAAUCCACACAGAGGAGAGGCCCUAUGAAUGCUGUGAGUGUGGGAAAACCUUCAAACGCAACUCAGCCCUUUCUGAACAUCAGAGAAUCCACGCUGGGGAGAGGCCCUAUGAAUGCAGUGAGUGUGGGAAAAGCUUCACUAGCAGCUCAGGCCUUUCUAAACAUCAGAGAAUCCACACAGGAGAGAGGCCGUACGAAUGCAGUGAGUGUGGGAAAACCUUCAGUUGCAGUUCGCACCUUAUUAGGCAUGAGAGAAUCCACACAGGGGAGAGGCCCUAUGAAUGCAGUGAGUGUGGAAAAUGCGCCACUAACAUCUCAGACCUUUCUAAACAUCAGAGAAUCCACACGGGGGAGAGGCCCUAUGAAUGCAGUGAGUGUGGGAAAAGCUUCACUAGCAGCUCAGGCCUUUCUGAACAUCAGAGAAUCCACACAGGGGAGAGGCCCUAUGAAUGCAGUGAGUGUGGGAAAACCUUCAAUCGCAGUUCGCACCUUAUUAGGCAUCAGAGAAUCCACACAGGGGAGAGGCCCUAUGAAUGCAGUGAGUGUGGGAACACCUUCAAUCGCAGUUCGCAUCUUAUUAGGCAUCAGGGAAUCCACACAGGGGAGAGGCCCUAUGAAUGCAGUGAGUGUGGGAAAAGCUUCAGUAGCAGCUCAGGCCUUUCUAAACAUCAGAGAAUCCACACAGGGAAGAGGCCCUAUGAAUGCAGUGAGUGUGGGAAAAUUUUCACUUACAGAUCAGGUCUUUUUCUCCAUCAGAGAAUCCACACAGGAGAGAGGCCCUAUGAAUGCAGUGAGUGUGGGAAAACCUUCAAUCGCAGUUCGCACCUUAUUAGGCAUGAGAGAAUCCACACAGGGGAGAGGCCCUAUAAAUGCAGUGAGUGUGAGAAAAGCUUCACUAGCAGCUCAGGACUUUCUAAACAUCAGAGAAUCCACACAGGAGAGGCCGUAUGAAUGCAGUGUGGGAAAACCUUCUCUUGACACUUAGCCCAUAUUAGACAUGAGAGAAUCCGCAAGGGAGAUGAACAACAUAAAAACCUCUAGGGCUAUCCAUACUUUUUUUUCUUUAAUUUUCCUGAUUCCCACAUAGUAACUUUUAAAGCUUUCUUUAACUGUUUGCUGCACUGUUAUCCCUCAACUUGUCCACAUGAGUGGGCCAUUUUUGCCUUUUGCAGUUUGCCCUGUUUUGGACCCAUUUGUCCUUUCUAUCAACUCCAGUAAUUCAAGUGUGCCCUUCCUAUCUGGAACCAGGGAGCAUCACAUUUAUACUAUUCCUCCUAUUGCAAAUUUAUUGUUAGUCACCAAUGAUUCAGAUUGUAUCAUUGCCAGUUGUUCUCACGUUGCUCUGGGUUGUGCUGAAGAGCAGAUAUAUUGGGAAUUUUUCAAAUUAUAUUUAAAUGAAGAGCGGCAGGAAAAAAGAAGUGUAAUUUCAGC